CUAGACGAAACAGUUGCUUUGCGGAUUUAGAAGAAGACUGACAUAUUAUUUUUUUUUUUGUUUUUUUUUUUAAUUUAUUUUUUCGUAAAAAUGUUUCGUCCAGCAUUUCAUUUGUCGGUCGUAUUGUUGAACGUGUUUUCAGUGUGGUACGACCAGACAUAUUUGGACUUGCCAUUUCCGAACGAGAUGUAUGCCAGUAUGCCAUUCAAAGCACGUCAAGUGUUCCUGACUAUAUGGUGCUUCAUUCUCCAAACGCUGUACUUCUCAGUCUCGUUCCUCAAUGACAUCAGUGGAACCAACGCACCGGCGCCGAACAAGACUCCUCUGAUCCGCACUAUUAAAGAUAACCUAUUCAGUCUAGCGUUUCCCAUGGCCUUAUAUGUGUCCACCUUUUUCUGGGCUAUAUACUACAUAGAUAAGGAAUCAGUUUUCCCAGAUUACAUAGAAAUGAAAUUCCCAGUCUGGCUGAACCACAUGCUACACACUUUUGUAGCCGUGUUUGUUUUGAUUGAAAUAUUUAUAACAAAUAGGACGUAUCCUUCGAGAAGCUUCGGAAUCUCGCUCAUGAUAACUUUUGCAUCUGUGUACACAAUUUGGAUGCAUAUUGUGCAUGCGCGGAAUGGGUUAUGGCCAUAUCCCAUGUUUGAAGUAUUCAAUAUUCCACAAAGAAUAGGAUAUUUUGCGGUCAGUGCUGCAUUUCAAGUGGGCUAUUAUAUUUUUGGUGAAAAAUUGCAUGGUGCGUUGGCUGAACAAAGAUCUGUGCCGUAUGCUAACGGUCACACGAAAAAAAUCAAAUAAAGUAUGGUUAAGAUUU